UCGUCGCGCCGCCGCUGCCACAGUUCUCGUCGUUGUUGGUGAAUUCGUCGCGCCACCGCCGUCGUCGUCCCUGUUACCGUUCACGGGAUCUCGCCCGCCACCGGGAAGGCGAGCAUUAUAAACGAUUCGAAAUCUGUCACCUCGGUGUCGGCACUAUCGGUACUGUCGGCGCGUGUGCACGACAAAGUCGCGGGUGCUCGGAGGCCUCGUGCCCUGAACGGUGCCCGCGGCGCCCCGUUCUCAGUACAACAUACACGAUACAGUGUACCAAACACACGAGCAUCUCGAAGCCCCAAGUGGCAUCUGUCUAUAUGACAAAAUGUCGGGAUCACAGCGGAUGCGAAAGUCCUCGCCUUGCUCGACAUCGAAGCAAGGCCCAAUGCGCGCGACUCUGCCUGUAAGCUCGUUAUUACGACAAGGCCGGCAGGGCAGCAGUCUCAGGAAAAGUAACAGCAACAGUCCUACCGUAUCGCCGACGAAUGCGAGUGCGUGGCGGGCCCGCAUCUCGCCGGAGACCUCUUCCUCGGGACAACGAAGCCCCGGCUCUCUCUCUUACAAAGCAAAAUCAAAAACAUUAAGUGGAAGAUGCAGCGAAAGUUUAAGUGGAAACCAAAAUAUUCGGAGGACAGCAUCGUUGGAUACUAUCUACUUAAAAGGACAAUGGCCCCGUGAUCCAUAUUACAUUCAUCAGAGUCUUCUUUUGGUUGACAAAUCUACACAGACAGAAGAAUGGUCCAACGAACCAAGGAAAUUACACACUCGACACCCUACAGAACAGACAACCACAGAUGAGAAAUUGGAAAAGUAUUUUAGGCAUCGGUUACAGCGUACAAGUAAGGAAGGCACUAGCAGUAGAGAGCGCACGGCUGCAUUUGGACUUAUAAUGCCUGGUGGACCACCACCAGCCUUUCCUGCAGAUCACACAGUACUUUUACCAAGUAUUGCUUCACAAACAUCAAUACACAACCAAUUUAGUUUGAGUACAAAGGCAAGCCCCAUGAACAUCCCCAUGAAACCAAUGAGGCCUCCAAUGCGUUCUUCUAUUGAAGGAUUAAACCAAGAAAUUGAAGGACUCGUUCUCAAAUCUGCAACUAACCCUAGUGAUCCUGAUCAUCCAGUGGAAGACAAAUAUGCACGAUACCGUGAACAAAUUACGCCAGAAGGACAUCGUGCACCAUUAGCAGACUUACUGAGGGCUACUCGCAGCGUUAACACACAAACACCAGCUACAGACCUUCCCUCCAGUUCGUAUUCUUCAGGCCCUCCAUCUAGGAAUUCUGAGUCUCCGCUGAUUCCUGGCCUUAUGGAUGCCUCCCGUCCGCCUAGCGAUCUCUUACAAGGUGGAAGUCGUGGUUCAACCCCUGAACAAGAUAGAGAAGGACGUCUCGGUACCUCUCCUCAUAUUAACAGGUUCCUAGCAAGAGAACCACCUGAUGGCUGUGAGAAAGUCAAUCUCAAAUUUGUAGAGGAUGUCAGGCGACCCAUGAUAGACUUGAGCAAACUAGACUAUUGCCCAAAGCCGUGUGUAGCAUUCCAGUUAAAACCUAGCUUGGGAUCAGCGUUCCUGCCAUUACAACAGCCAGCCAGUCCAACGAUGGUUGCAAGUGCGUCACCCUCUUCGCAUACAACACCAACUACACCUCCUCCAAAUCCAUAGUCCUGUUCUUUACCUUAUGGAGUAAUGUUUAUAAACCCCAUUGGUACAUAUAUAUAUAUAUUUUUUUUUAACGACCUCGAUGGGUAGAAAGUGGUUUACUUUGAGACGAAAGCAUACACCAACAAAAAAAAAAGAAGUUACCGAAAAGCAGCCUGUUUCCAGUGCGACACCCCAACUUUCGGGCAUCGUGAUUGUGUAACUAAAAAAAGUUCUAAUUGCAUCGAUACGAAAUAUUGAAUGGCAUUUGAGAGCUCCGUUAAAAACGUUCGAAACAAUAAUAAAAAAAAAAAAAAAUACGAGGAACAAUAAUUUGUGAUAACUAAAGGGAAAAGAAAAACGACAUUUAGGAAUAAACAUUGUGUUCUACAGGGAAAAAGACUAAGAAAAUUGUGUAUUCUAAAUUUAGUGCUAAAACGUGCUAAACGACUUUAGUUUUGUAUACAGGGACAAAUAUUCAAAAUGUCGAAAAGUAUUAAAUUUGAUUGUUGGGAAAGGCAAAAUUAUACGGAUACAAAAUGGGUACAUGUGCCUGGAUUUACAUAUGUACAUUAGUACCCCUCUAUAAUGUUCUCAUUAGAUCUUUAUCACUUUCGAACGAUUCGAUUUGCAUAGUGAGACGAAAGAAAGGAAACAAACUCUUGUUAGAAUUUUGUAUUGUUUUGUAUUAUUAUUCGUACGCUGAGAAUAUAUUCAAAAUUAUUAUAU